CUUGCUCUUCAAUCCUCUCAAACUUUCCUCAAUUUUCAUCUCAAAUCAUGUUAUAUAAUUAAAUGUGCUCCCUCCCUCCCUCCAAAAACAGUUCUUAUCACUGCAUAGAUAAGCAAACAUUGACUUUCGUACUUUGCUUAUGUUUUUGUGCUGUGAUAAACCAAGGCAGAUCAUUAGUGCUCCAUUAGUUACUAUUCUCUGAUCUUUCUUUCUGUCUUCUGUUCAAGAUGGGUUCUAUGGCCAGCCCAGAACCUUGGGUUGCUUACACAAACACCAAAGAUUGUUCUCAGGGUUUUUGUAGUGUUUACUGCCAACAAUGGUGCUAUAAGGAAUUCCCUCCUCCACCUCCCUUUGAAUUCCCUCAUGCAAGUGCUGGAAUUUGCUUUCCACCUUUUGUUAUUGCCAUUAUAGGCAUUUUGGGAAGUGCUUUGCUUCUUGUGAGUUACUAUGCAAUAGUUUCCAGGUAUUGCAAGAAGAGAGAUUCCUCCAGAAGGAGAGAAACUCACUUCCCAAUUGUGGAAUCAGUGGAGAAUCAACAUCCUUCAAACCAUGAGCCCUGGAUUGUUUCUUCUGGCAAUGGCUUAGAUGAGGCUCUGAUCAAGUCAAUUACACUGCUCAAGUACAAGAAAGGAGAUGGCCUAAUUGAAGGGACAGAUUGCUCGGUUUGUCUAAGUGAAUUUCAAGAUGAUGAAAGCUUGAGGCUUUUACCAAAUUGCAGCCAUGCUUUUCAUGUAAUGUGCAUUGAUACUUGGUUCAAAUCUCACUCGAAUUGUCCAUUAUGCCGUGCAAACAUUGCUUUUGCCAAUGCUUCUUCUCCUCCUCAAUUGCCUCCUGUGAUGGAAUCUCCACCAGGCAAUGAGUCCACAUUGCAUAGCGAUCACGAGAUUGAGAAUGUAGCUUCUGAAGAAGACUUGGAGAUGGGAAUCAGGGAAGCAGAAUCACAGAAUGACAUCACGAGAAUUUCCACCAGACAGGCUACCAAUUUGGCCACUUCAGGUGAUCACAGCAGACUAAGUGGCGUUACAAUUGAAGAAUGCGAAAAAAUAACAAGAUCAGUGUCUAUGGAUUGCACAAGUCAGAGGCGAUUAUCGUUAGCUGAUGUUUUGCAGAUUGAUCAGGACGAAGAAGGUCAAUCAAUGGAAAAGAUCACGCUUAGAGAUGAUGUUGGGACAUCAAAACAACCACAUGUAGAUAUGAUCAGGUCUAGCAAUAGGAAUAUAGUGUUGCAUUGUGUCUCAAGCCCUGCUAUUCUGAAGAAACCAUUUUCGAGUGCUAGAUUUCUUUUCACAAACGCUGGAAGGGAAGGCAUGAACUAAUUCCCCUGUGAAAUUUUGGAAAAUACAUUAUCAAAACGAAAAGAAGAAAUGUCAUUGAGCAAUCAAAGCUCCUAUUUUAUUA